CCACAAAUCUAGAGGAUGGUGGAGAGCGUUACUAGCUUAAACCUUGGCAUGCGCAAAUACGUUAUAAUAUUUUGUUUACCUUCGCCUCCCUUUGGCUUUCGCGUUUUCACACAUCUUCGGUCCCCGGAGAAUACACGAGAACAUUCCGGAAAUACAGCGAUAACCGCCGUCUAUUUUCAGAGUUUUCAUUGGUCAAAUAUAAGAUCACAUGAUCUAGAUUUGACCAUAUUUGGAAUUCAGUUCUUCGUGUUUAGCAGUUUUCCCGCCAACGGGUUGGUGUGGGUGGCAACAACAAACGUCAGACUUGAGUUUAGAGUUCAUGUGUUAUUCCGACGGAUUUACAGGCUAAAUGUGGUUAAUCUUGUUCCUUCGACCCUAGAAUACGCUUUCCUUGGGAGAAUCUUGGACAUGGGAAGAUCGAGAAAGAACUUGAUCGAGCUUUUGGUUUGUGUGUGUAUCGCUUUGGAUUUUGCUCAAACAAUAGUUGCAGAUUUUCGAUGCGGUAAAGAUCAGUUUGUUUGUGGCAAUGAAACAUGUAUACCUGAAAAUUGGAGAUGUGAUGGGGAAGAUGAUUGCGGAGAUAACUCCGACGAGAAGAAUUGUCCUGUUAGACAUUGUGACCUUAGCACUCAUUUUGAGUGUAAAACUGUUGACCGUUGCGUUCCUCAGAGAUGGGUUUGUGAUUUUGCUAAUGAUUGUGGGGAUAACUCCGAUGAACCAGCAAACUGUGCUGAAAGAACAUGUUCUCAAAAUGAAUAUGCAUGUGGAAAUGGUCAUUGUAUUCCAAUGAGGUGGCGUUGUGAUCAUGAUAAAGAUUGUGAGGACGGUAGUGAUGAACGAGAUUGUGGAACAAUUUCUCCAGGUAACAAGACUUGUGAUGGUAAUCAGUUUACCUGUGGAAAUGGCAAGUGUAUCUCGCGUAGCUGGGUGUGUGAUCGUGACGACGAUUGUACAGAUUACUCUGAUGAAAGGAAUUGCCCUAACAAGACAUGCAAACCAACAGAGUUCACUUGUAACAAUGGAAAGUGUAUAAAAGCUUCCUACAAGUGUGAUGGAGACAAUGAUUGCCAGGAUGGUUCUGAUGAACUUGGCUGUCCAACCACUGGUCCUACGUGCAAGUAUAGUGAAUUUCAGUGCAAAUCUCAUGAAUGUAUUCAUGAAAGUUGGAUAUGUGAUGGAGAAAAUGAUUGCAGUGAUGGUUCAGAUGAGAAAGGAUGCAAUGUUACCUCCUGUGGUCCCAGUGAGUUCAGUUGUACGAAUGGAAGGUGCAUAACUAUUCAUUCACAGUGUGAUGGCAGAAAUGACUGUUUAGACAACUCAGAUGAGCAGGAUUGUGCUCCAGUAAAACCAAAGCCCUGCAAGAAGGAUGAAUUCCAAUGUGGAAAUACAGAGCAAUGCAUUCCAUACAGUAAAGUUUGUGAUGGUAAUGCGGACUGCAAGAAUCGAUUGGAUGAUGAACCUUUGUCUUGUUCAAUUAAUGAAUGUAAUUAUCACAAUGGCCAUUGUCAACAAAUCUGCACUGAUACCAAAACAUCUUACAUCUGCUCCUGUCGCGUGGGCUAUAAAGUAGACAAGGAUGAUCGAAGAGUUUGCAGAGAUGUGGAUGAGUGUGAAAUUCCAGGGUCAUGCAGCCAAGCUUGUUACAACCAGAAAGGAAGUUUCAAAUGUAUUUGCCGGAAUGGCUACGUCAUGGAGCCAGAUCGUCAGAGCUGUAAGGCAAUAGGCGAACCAGGCUUCCUCAUUUUUGCCAAUCGUCAAGACAUUCGCCACCUCUCGUUUGAUUCCUCUGACUACAGAGAAAUGGUUCCAGAGCAGCGGGGUGCUAUAGCAUUAGAUUAUGACUUUGAAAGUGGUUAUAUAUUCUGGACAGAUGUCAUUGAUGAAAAUAUCAGGCGAACAAAGAUGCAUGAUACUUCCCCAGUAGAAGACUUGGUAAAGAUAAACCUUGAUACACCUGAUGGAAUUGCUGUAGAUUGGAUCAACAGAAAGUUAUAUUGGACUGACACAGGUGUAGACAUGAUUGAGGUAUCUGAUUUUGAUGGCAAGAAUCGGCUCCAACUGGUAACAACAAAUCUGGAGGAACCAAGAGCAAUUGUGGUGCAUCCUUUUCUUGGUUUUAUGUUUUGGACUGAUUGGGGUGAGAAAGCAAAGAUUGAGAAGUGUGGUAUGAAUGGAGACCUUGAAACAAGGCUAGAAAUAGUUACUACCAACAUCAUGUGGCCCAAUGCUCUUGCAAUAGAUUAUACUGUGGACAGAAUUUGGUGGGCCGAUGCAAAACUCCACACCAUAGAAUCAUCAGAUUUAGAUGGAGGAAAUAGACGACUUGUCUUAAGUGAGAACAUCAACCAUCCAUUUGCACUGACUGUUUUUCAGAGUUACAUUUAUUGGACAGACUGGCAUCAUAAUGCAAUCCACAAGGCUAAUAAAUUUACUGGUGAAGAGAGAUCAAUUGUAAGGGAGAAUCUGUUUUCACCAAUGGAUAUCCAUGUCUAUCAUCGACAGCGGCAACCAAUAGGGAUGAAUCCAUGUAGUGUUGUAGCAGAGAUUGAAGGCUGCAGCCAUAUUUGUCUGUUAGCUCCCAAAAAUAACAAAUAUCCAGAUGGUUUCUCCUGUCACUGCCCCCCUGGUGUUAAUCUGCUCUAUGAUCAAAGGACCUGCAACACAACAGAUGCUUUCAAAUGCACAAACAAAACAUGUAUGAAUGGUGGAACAUGUAUUGUAAAAGAGGUUGGGGCAUUACCAUCUUGCAUAUGUACUCAUGAGUUCACAGGAAAGGAUUGUAGCGUAAGACGCAGCCUACCUCUUAGUCCCACACCUGACACAAGUGGACAUAAAGCACCACUUAAUGUGGGUCAAUUGCAAGAUGUUCAAAAAGAGGAUGUUGGUGUAACAGCAGGAAUAUCAGUGGCUGUGGUCAUAGUCCUCUUAGCUAUGAGUGGCUUGAUUGGAUGGCUAGUUUACAGAAGAAUACGAAGAAACAAUCUUAGAUCAAUGAGUUUUGAUAACCCUGUGUAUAAGAAAACAACUGAAUCUAAUGGCUCACUGGAUAGAAUAAGUAUAAGGUUUGGUCAUUCACAUGCAAAAAAAUGUCAGUCAUUAUUGAGUUCAUUCCGGAAUGAAGUUGAAAUUCACAGUUGCUAGCACUUCAAUUAUUAUCCAAAUGGCAAAGGCAAGAAAAUCUGAAGAGACUGUUGCAAGUAUAUCUGUCUUUCUUGCCUGUUAUAUCUCUCUGAAUUUAGAGCCUUGUGAGCUGAAAUAUUUUUUAAAGCUAGCAAUGGAAAAGCACAGUUCAGCCUCCAGAUAGUGAUAAAAUGCUUUUGAAUUUCAUGUUUGUAACACUUAACUAGAACUUCACUUUGUUAUAAAAGAAGUUUCGUUAUCUGCUACAGAAGUACUUUUUUGCAACAGUCUUUAAAGAUAGACCAGCCUUUGCCAAGUGGGUAAUAAUUCAUUACAUAGGUUGUCAAAUUAAAAAUAUAAUUAUAUAUUAUCUACAUCUAAUUAUAGAGAUAUUCAUAAGCCCAUCCUGGCGAUGAUAUGGCUUUUCAUAUAAGUGAUAUUUAAAUAAUUAUAAUUUUUUGCAUUCAGGUUCCCAUUGUUACUUGUCUGUUUGGGGAAAACUCAUUUGAAGCCUCUUUGAUUGCUGUGUAAUGUGAUUGCAAAUGUCACAACUUUUUUCAUAAAUAAUAUUAGUUGUUCCUGCUUCUGUGUUGGAAGUGGGUGGGG